GAACCGUUUCCAUCGCCUUCCCCAUUAUCUCACUCUCUCUCUCUCUCUCUCUGCCCUACCAAAGAGAUUACUUGAAUGCGCUCUUGACGCUUCUCGCCGAUAACGCAAACCGUCGAUCGUCGUAUUAUAGCGGAAAAUGGGGUUGAUAUCAGGGAUUCUGUUCGGGAUCAUAUUCGGCGUAGCUCUAAUGGCUGGCUGGAGUCGUAUGAUGUCCCACCGCUCCUCCAAGCGCGUCGCCAAGGCAGUUGAUAUGAAACUUCUAGGAUCUCUAAGCAGAGAAGAUUUGAUGAAGAUUUGUGGUGAUAACUUUCCUCAGUGGAUAUCCUUCCCUGCCUUUGAACAGGUCAAAUGGCUGAAUAAACUACUCGUCAAGAUGUGGCCAUUUAUUGCAGAUGCAGCAACUAUGGUAAUAAGAGAUUCUGUUGAGCCGCUGCUUGAAGAUUACAGACCACCAGGAAUUUCUUCCCUCAAGUUCAGCAAACUUACUCUGGGUAACGUAGCACCAAAGAUUGAAGGUAUCCGUGUUCAAAGUUUCAAGGAAGGUCAAAUCACAAUGGAUGUUGAUCUUCGAUGGGGUGGUGAUCCAAAUAUUGUUUUAGGUGUUGCAGCACUUGUUGCUUCCAUACCCAUUCAGUUGAAGGAUCUUCAAGUUUUCACAGUUGCACGUGUUAUCUUUCAACUUGCGGAUGAGAUUCCUUGUAUAUCUGCUGUUGUUGUAGCUCUACUUGCUGAUCCAAAACCAAGAAUCGAUUACACUCUGAAGGCUGUGGGUGGAAGCUUGACGGCCAUUCCUGGACUAUCUGAUAUGAUUGAUGACACCGUUGAUUCUAUUGUGAAAGACAUGCUUCAGUGGCCUCAUAGAAUAGUUGUUCCCAUUGGUGGUAUUCCUGUUGAUAUCAGUGAAUUAGAACUUAAGCCACAGGGAAAGCUUAUAGUAACAGUAGUGAAAGCAACUAACUUGAAGAACAAGGAAUUGAUUGGAAAAUCAGACCCUUAUGCUGCCAUCCACAUUCGUCCUGUCUUCAAGUAUAAAACAAAGGCAAUCGAGAACAACUUGAAUCCUGUUUGGGACCAAACAUUUGAACUGAUUGCAGAGGACAAAGAAACCCAGUCGCUCACUGUAGAGGUAUUUGAUAAAGACGUAGGCCAAGAUGAACGUCUAGGACUUGUGAAACUUCCUCUAAGCAGUUUGGAAGCGGGGGUUACAAAGGAAAUGGAGCUGAAUCUGUUGUCUUCACUCGAUACUUUGAAAGUAAAAGACAAGAAAGAUAGAGGAAGUAUAACACUUAAGGUACAUUAUCAUGAGUUCAACAAAGAGGAGCAAAUGGCUGCGUUAGAAGAAGAGAAGAAAAUAAUGGAAGAAAAGAAGAGAUUGAAGGAAUCAGGAAUGAUAGGUAGCACGAUGGAUGCAGUUGGAAGUGGGCUCGGUGCUGGUGUGGGAAUGGUUGGGACAGGGAUUGGUGCAGGUGUAGGAAUGGUUGGAACCGGUGUGAGCUCGGGUGUUGGGAUGGUUGGUAGCGGCUUCGGAGCUGUCGGUAGUGGUUUGAGCAAAGCAGGGAGGUUCAUGGGUAGAACUAUUACAGGUCAGACCAGUAAACGUAGUGGCUCCACCACUCCUGUGAAUAGCGAGACCGAUGGUUUCAAACAACAGUAAGUAAACACUUCGGGUUUAAAGCAAAAGAUUUGUGAUCACAAUAACAUCGUUUUUUUUUAUUUCUAGUCUUGCGACGAUAUAUGUUUUUCUCCUCUUUUCGUGUUUUUUUUUUUUUUUUUUUUUUUUUAGUUUUUACCACUCUUAAAUUUGGUUUCUGGAUUAUUGAUUGGAGUAAAUUGUUUUAUUUGUGAACUUAACUUAUAAAUCUUCUACAAAAGUCGUAUUGUUUAAUCGUCA